UCUCCCAACCCGUUGUUCUUCGGCUCAGCCGCCGCAAGCAACGGGCCUGAAGGUUUUCAGAACUUGAGGAGCUCAGCGGAUUCUUGGGCUACUUCUGCUCCGAUUCUCUCCGUGUCGCUGCAAAAAUUUUGAUUUUCAUCAAGAUACUUGAGAGUUUCUUUUAUGAUGGCGCUCCGGUUUGAGGUCCUAGGGAGGUUCAAUCGAGCUCGUGCAGCGCGAUUAACGCUUCCUCAUUUUGUUUGCCAGACACCACUGUUUAUGCCAGUGGGAACACAAGGCACAAUAAAAGGUCUAACUAAUGACCAGCUGGAGGAUAUCGGUUGCCAAAUAAUACUUGGGAACACAUACCAUCUAGCUCUUCGUCCAGGUGCAGAAUUAAUAGAUGACAUGGGUGGUCUUCAUAAAUUUAUGAAUUGGAAAAGAGCAUUACUUACAGAUUCUGGUGGUUUUCAAAUGGUUUCAUUGUUGCAUUUAGCUGACAUAACUGAGAAUGGUGUAACGUUUCAGUCUCCUGUGGAUGGAAAGCCAAUGCUUCUUACACCUGAAGAGUCUAUCCAAAUCCAGAAUAAGAUUGGAGCUGAUAUUAUUAUGGCCCUAGACGACGUGGUGAAAACCACCAUUACAGGCCCACGGAUUGAGGAAGCUAUGUACCGUACUCUUCGCUGGAUUGAUAGAUGUAUUGCUGCUCAUCAGAAACCAGGCACACAGAACUUAUUUGGAAUUGUACAGGGGGGAUUAGAUCCUACUCUCAGAGAUAUAUGCGUUAGAGGCUUGGUUGAUCGCAAUUUACCUGGUUACGCUAUUGGUGGCCUUGCAGGCGGUGAAGAUAAGGAUUCUUUUUGGCGUGUUGUUGCUCAGUGCACUGCCGCAUUGCCAGAGGAUAAACCACGAUAUGUGAUGGGUGUUGGUUAUCCGCUUGAUAUUGUAGUCUGCAGCGCCCUAGGGGCAGACAUGUAUGACUGCGUUUAUCCUACACGAACUGCUCGUUUUGGCUCUGCACUCGUACCUGAGGGAGUUCUAAAGCUUACACACCAGGUAAUGUCCAGCGAUGAACGUCCAAUUGAUCCAACAUGCACGUGUAUGGUGUGUAAGAACUAUACACGAGCUUAUAUACACUGCCUUGUGACAAAGGAUGCUAUGGGGUCUCAGCUUCUAUCUUAUCAUAAUUUAUCUUAUAUGAUGAGACUAAGCAAGGACCUUCACAUGUCAAUAGUUGAGGGGCGAUUUCCAGAGUUUGUACAAGAAUUCUUACGGGUGCAGUUUCCUAAAGGCAACGUCCCUGAAUGGGUCUGUAAUGCCAUGGAGGUUGCUGGUAUUGACAUCUCUUCAUGUUGUGCUCCAUUCUCGACGUCUUCUGAAGGACAGUUUUGUAAAUCCACUUGACGAGAGGCUGAUUCUGCUCUAGUUCUAACCAACUCUUCAACGAAGAGAUAGUUUCGACACGUUUUUAUUUUCUUCAUGUUUUAAUUAUUACGUUGGCAGCAGCAUAUAUUUUGUCCUCAAUAUGCUCUGCUCCAGUUGAACUAAUAUAUAUUUUUAUUAUUAGAUCAGAAAGAGCUACUUUGAACAGAGAUGAUUAUGAUUAUGGUUCCCAUUUCUUAUUAACAAAUAGAUCUCUUCUACGACUUACAA